GUUUAUUCUGAAAGAUGGCGGCGGCGCCUCCAGAAGAGGAGAGCCUGGAGUCUCGAAUCAACAAGGCCACCAACCCUCUGAACAAGGAGAAUGACUGGGACAAUAUCAAGGGGUUUUGUGAUCAGCUCAACAAUGAACCAGAAGGUCCUCAGCUUGCAACCAGACUUCUGGCUCACAAAAUCCAGUCUCCUCAGGAGUGGGAGGCCUUGCAAGCGCUUAUGGUCCUUGAAACAUGCAUGAAAAGCUGCGGGAAGCGAUUUCACAUUGAAGUGGGAAAGUUUCGUUUUCUCAAUGAGCUCAUCAAGGUGGUUUCACCCAAGUAUUUAGGUGCGCGGGCUCCAGAUCCAGUGAAGAAGAAGGUGUUAGAGAUGGUGUACAGCUGGACGGUGAAGCUGCCAGAGGAGAUCAAGAUAGCAGACGCGUAUCAGAUGCUGAAAAAGCAGGGUAUUGUCAAACAGGAUCCUGUGCUUCCUGAUGACGAGCCCCUCCCACCCCCUCCACCUAGAGCUAAAAGUGCCGUCUUUGAGGAUGAAGAGAAAUCCAAGACGCUGUCUCGCUUAUUGAACAGCACUCACCCAGAAGAUCUAAGAGCAGCAAACAAGCUCAUUAAGGAAAUGGUUCAGGAAGAUCAAAAGCGAGUGGAAAAGGUAUCAAAGCGAGUGAACGCCAUCCAGGAGGUGAAGGAGAGCGUCAGCCUGCUGAGCCAGCUGCUGGAGGGCUACAGCAAGGAGAGCUGCUCCCAGAGCAACCAGGAACUCAUUAAGGAUCUCUACCUGCGCUGUGAAAAGAUGAGGCCCACACUUUUCCGUUUGGCCAGCGACACGGAGGAUAACGACGAAGCCCUGGCGGAUAUAUUACAGGCCAAUGACAGCUUGACACAGGUCAUCAAUCUGUACAGACAGCUGGUAAAGGGGGAGGAGAUAACAAAAGAGGGCACAUCAAUGCCCUCACAACCAGGCAACAGUAGCUCAGCACUCUUGGACCUGAUGGGUCUGAAUGCAUCAGCCAACCCCUCCAGCCUACAGACCCUUACUCAGAACGUGGGUAUCAGCCUCUUGGAUGAUGAACUCAUGUCUCUGGGAUUGAAUGUAACGGAAAACUACGACUCCCAGAACUCUUUUCAGUCCUCUGAUAGCACAGAUUCUUUUGCUCCAUCGGCAUCGACUGCUGUGUUGCUACCAGCUGUGGUCCAGACACAGCAUGCUCCGCCAGCAGGGGGCUCCACUGCUCCUCCUAAAGCCAUGGAAGAGCUGGAUCUGCUGGGGAAGACAUUAAUGCAGCAGUCCCUACCUCCAGAGAGCCAGCAGGUCAAAUGGGAUAAGAUCCAACCUCACUCCAGAGUCACUUUACGAGAUCUCCAGACCAUGUCCCACACCAGUUCUAGACCCACUCCUCCUGCAAACACCUCCUCCUCUGCGUCCGGCCUGUCCGUCCAAUCAGAGCAGCCCGACGCUCUCCUCCUCUCUAACCUCAGUCUCACAGCUGCUGGCGACCUCUAUGACAGCAUCUCUCUAAGUGACGUUACUGUGCCUCUGGAGUCAAUCAAACCAAGCAGCCUGUUGCCAGUGACCGUAUUCGAUAAACACAGUCUCCGGGUUUUGUUCACCUUUGCCCGGGACUGUCCUCCGUCCCGGCCGGACGUGCUGGUGGUGAUCAUCUCCAUGCUGUCCUCGGCCCCCAGUCUUGUCACCAACAUCCGCUUUCAGGCUGCUGUGCCCAAGGUGAUGAAAGUGAAGCUGCAGCCUCCCUCUAGUACUGAGCUCCCAGCCUUCAACCCCAUCCUGCCUCCAGCUGCCAUCACACAGAUCCUGCUGCUGGCCAACCCACACAAGGAAAAAGUACGUUUGCGGUUCAAGCUGACGUUCAACCUGGGGGACGAAUCCCACGACGAAUCUGGUGAUGUGGACCAGUUUCCCCCUCCCAACACCUGGGGGAACCUCUAGUGAGAUAGAGAGAUAGAGAGAGAGAUAAAGCACCCUCCUGUCAUGUGACCUGCUGCUUCCUUUAGAUUUAGGAUGAAGUUGUUCCUCAUCACUGGCAGAGGCCACAUGGUCUCAAACGCUCGGUAAGACAAACUGAGAAGAGACCAGUUGUGGGAACCCGCUUCUACCUUGUGCCUUCCUUCACAGCCUUCCUGUCCUUUACGCCACCAUCUUCAUGCUCCUGUGUUUUGUUGCCACUUUCUCUUCUUCUAUCAAUCAGCGUAGAGAUAUAUGAUAAAUACAGCAAACCGUCAGAAACAUUGACUCAAUGCAGAUGUGGAGCCUUUAAAAAACAAAACAAAAACCUGAAUGUGUGCAUCUGUCUGAUUCCCAAACUGCAAGUCCCAUGUCAUGUGAAGUACAUGCAACAGCUGGAAUCUGACAAUUAAGAUUAUUCUUCGUUUUUUUCUACACAACCAGACACUCAAUCUGAAGCAGGUGUGUGAUGUAAACCCAACUUGGGCUUCAACAUGUUACAUAUUUCCGAGUAUUGUCA